UGGUGCUGAUGCAGGAUGGCAGAGCGCGAGAGCGCAGGAGCCCGGGAGGUCUGAGCCGGGCGAGGCUGGUCCCCUGCUCAUCGCCCGCUGCGCCCGCCGCCUGUUCGCGGCCAAGGGGGCCCGGGGCGCGGCGCUGGGCCUGGGGAGGCAGAUCUGCAGCUGGUGGGCCCGGAGCUGCCGGGCUGCAGCUGCCCAGCCCGCCAGGGGUGCGAUGACCUGCUGAGUGAGGCGGACGGUCCCUCCCAGGAGGUUGCGGGAGGCGGCCUGGCCGCAGGCCGUGCGGGGCGGUGCGAGCCCGGGCCCUCCGGCCCCUGAGCCCCGCGCAGCCUCUGCCGCGGGCGGAGAUGGCGGACCCCGCGGAAUGCAGCAUCAAAGUCAUGUGCCGGUUUCGGCCCCUCAACGAAGCGGAGAUCCUCCGCGGGGACAAAUUCAUCCCCAAAUUUAAAGGCGAGGAGACUGUGGUGAUCGGGCAAGGGAAGCCAUAUGUCUUUGACAGAGUUCUGCCUCCCAGCACGACCCAAGAGCAGGUUUACAAUGCGUGUGCAAAGCAGAUUGUUAAAGAUGUCCUUGAAGGCUACAAUGGAACAAUAUUUGCAUAUGGACAGACUUCAUCUGGAAAGACGCAUACGAUGGAGGGCAAGCUCCACGAUCCACAACUCAUGGGCAUCAUCCCAAGGAUCGCACAUGACAUCUUUGAUCACAUCUAUUCCAUGGACGAAAACCUAGAGUUUCAUAUCAAGGUGUCCUAUUUUGAGAUCUACUUGGACAAAAUCCGGGACUUACUGGAUGUAUCCAAGACAAACCUGGCAGUUCACGAAGAUAAGAACAGAGUACCAUACGUAAAGGGAUGCACUGAGCGGUUCGUGUCAAGUCCUGAGGAAGUCAUGGAUGUGAUCGACGAAGGCAAAGCCAACCGACACGUGGCUGUGACAAACAUGAAUGAACACAGCUCUAGAAGUCACAGUAUCUUCCUGAUUAAUAUUAAACAAGAGAAUGUCGAGACUGAAAAAAAACUCAGCGGGAAGCUUUAUCUAGUUGAUUUGGCCGGGAGCGAAAAGGUCAGCAAAACUGGUGCUGAGGGAGCUGUUCUUGAUGAAGCGAAAAAUAUCAAUAAAUCUUUGUCUGCGCUUGGAAACGUCAUCUCCGCCUUGGCAGAAGGCACUAAAACACACGUGCCGUAUCGGGACAGCAAGAUGACUCGGAUUCUUCAGGACUCUCUGGGCGGGAACUGUAGAACCACCAUCGUGAUUUGCUGCUCUCCAUCCGUCUUCAAUGAGGCUGAGACCAAGUCCACACUCAUGUUUGGUCAAAGGGCUAAGACCAUCAAGAACACAGUCUCUGUGAACCUGGAGUUGACAGCCGAAGAGUGGAAGAAGAAAUACGAGAAAGAGAAAGAGAAGAACAAGACUUUGAAAAAUGUUAUCCAGCACCUAGAAAUGGAACUGAACAGGUGGAGAAAUGGAGAAGCUGUGCCUGAGGAUGAACAGAUCAGUGCUAAGGACCAGAAGACCCUGGAGCCCUGUGAUAACACGCCCAUCAUAGACAACAUCACCCCCGUCGUUGCUGGCAUCUCUGGAGAGGAGAAGGAAAAAUAUGACGAGGAGAUCUCCAGCCUCUACAGACAACUGGACGAUAAGGAUGAUGAAAUUAACCAGCAGAGCCAGCUGGCUGAGAAACUUAAGCAACAGAUGCUGGAUCAGGAUGAGCUUUUGGCCUCCACCAGAAGAGACUAUGAGAAGAUGCAGGAGGAGCUGACCCGCCUCCAGAUUGAAAACGAGGCAGCGAAAGAUGAAGUCAAGGAAGUCCUCCAGGCCCUGGAGGAACUGGCUGUCAAUUACGACCAGAAGUCACAGGAAGUGGAAGACAAGACCAGGGCCAAUGCGCAGCUGACAGAUGAGCUGGCCCAGAAAACGACGACACUGACAACCACACAGCGAGAGCUGAGUCAGCUGCAAGAGCUUAGCAACCACCAGAAAAAAAGAGCCACUGAGAUCCUGAACUUGCUGUUAAAAGACCUGGGGGAGAUCGGGGGAAUCAUUGGAACCAAUGAUGUCAAGACGUUGGCGGAUGUGAACGGCGUCAUCGAGGAGGAGUUCACCAUGGCCCGGCUGUACAUCAGCAAGAUGAAGUCAGAGGUCAAGUCCCUGGUGAACCGCAGCAAGCAGCUAGAGAGUGCCCAGCUGGACUCCAACAGGAAGAUGAACGCCAGCGAGCGUGAGCUGACCGCCUGCCAGCUGCUCAUCUCCCAGCAUGAGGCCAAGAUUAAAUCCUUGACUGACUACAUGCAGAACAUGGAACAGAAGAGGAGGCAGCUGGAAGAGUGCCAGGACUCGCUGAGUGAGGAGCUAGCCAAGCUCCGUGCCCAAGAGAAGAUGCACGAAGUUAGCUUCCAGGACAAGGAGAAGGAACACCUGACCCGGCUGCAGGAUGCGGAGGAGAUGAAGAAAGCACUGGAGCAGCAGAUGGAGAGCCACCGGGAAGCUCACCAGAAACAGCUGUCCAGACUCCGAGAUGAGAUUGAGGAGAAACAGAAAAUCAUUGAUGAGAUUCGAGAUUUGAACCAGAAGUUGCAGCUGGAGCAGGAGAAGCUCAGCUCUGACUAUACCAAGCUGAAAAUAGAGGACCAAGAGAGAGAGAUGAGACUGGAAAAACUCCUAUUGCUCAAUGACAAAAGGGAACAAGCCCGUGAGGACCUCAAAGGACUGGAAGAGACUGUGUCCCGGGAGCUCCAAACGCUACAUAACCUCCGAAAGCUCUUUGUUCAGGACCUGACUGCCCGGGUUAAAAAGAGUGUGGAGCUGGACAGCGAUGACGGUGGAGGCAGUGCUGCCCAGAAGCAGAAGAUUUCCUUCCUGGAAAAUAACCUGGAACAGCUCACUAAGGUCCACAAGCAGCUGGUCCGGGACAAUGCCGACCUGCGUUGUGAGCUGCCCAAGCUGGAGAAGCGGCUGCGGGCCACGGCCGAGCGCGUCAAGGCCCUGGAGAGUGCGCUCAAGGAGGCCAAGGAGAACGCCAUGCGGGACCGCAAGCGCUACCAGCAGGAGGUGGACCGCAUCAAGGAGGCUGUGCGGGCCAAGAACAUGGCCAGGAGGGCGCACUCGGCCCAGAUAGCCAAGCCCAUCCGUCCUGGACAUUAUCCGGCAUCAUCCCCAACAGCUGUCCAUGCCAUCCGAGGGGGAGGAGGUGGCUCUUCAAACUCCACCCACUACCAGAAAUAAAUACGAAAUACGACUCCCUGUAGCAUGUCAAGGACUACAUUAAUCACCACUUCCUUUAUAUAUUUUCCCUCCUUCACAAUUUCCGUGUUCUCUCACACACUUAGACCCUCCUCAACACCCACCCACCCACCCCCCCCCCCAAGCCUUCUGCAGUCCACCACUUGUUUCAGAUGUCUGAGCUGUGUCGAAUCUCUAUGUGUACAGAUGUGUGCUUGGACUGUUUGUCUUCUGGAGACAUCUGAAGGGGAUGACGACCCAAGAGCCACCUCCUCUGGGAAACAGUGCCGCUGCCAUGGCCUCAGGGUGCUGGCUACACUCGGGUCCCUACCUCCACC